AUGGCCUUCGAGUGUGUGGCCGAGCGCAGGGGCCUCGUUGUAACCCAUCAACACUGCCCCGACCGCCCUUACCUGGAGCUCCAGGUUCCAGAUGAUGCUGAUGUAGUAAGCGAGAACCACAUGGUCCGAAUGCUCCUUGUGGAGCCUGCGCUAUCUGCCGAUGAGCCUCUCAUCUGCUCCCUCACAACUACUCGGCUGCCACCAGGACGACCAUUCGAUGCUCUCUCAUACUGCUGGGGAGCCGGUAGCUCCAUGGACGUGCUAAAUGUUAAUGGUCAACAUUUAUCAGUCUCCAGCUCUGUCACGGCUGCGCUGCGACGACUUCGCUAUGAAAAGCAUGAAUUGGCAAUAUGGAUCGAUCAAAUCUGCAUCAAUCAACACGACGUCGAUGAGCGUGAUGAGCAGAUACGCCUUAUGGCUGAGAUUUACUCCAGCGCGGCACAGGUGCACGUGUGGCUCGGGGAAGGCGACGUGGCGACAUGGACUGCAUUACGCAUCAUCCGUGACUCGUUCAACGUGAAUUAUAAAGUCUGCCCGGGAGGCGCCGCGUGCAAGUGUCAUGGCACUACCCAUGCGCUGGAGGUUGAGACCUUCAAUUCCCGUCAGCGCCAUGGCAAGCCGUCUUUCAAGCUCAUGCACGAGGUAUUCUUUGCGCAUGUCAAGAACGAGCACGGUGAACUUGCUUAUGCAGCUGGUAUGGUCAACAACCUGCAACUCACGACUUUGAUGUCCACUCUUUUUAUUAAUCCCUGGUUUCGCCGCGUUUGGGUACUACAAGAGGCUCUCCUGGCGCAAGAAGCCCUCGUACAUUGCGGCGAGGAGCUCGUUCCUUGGAAGGAAGUGCUGCAAGUCAGUGAUUGGCUGUCGACUAUUCACCAACCGCUCUACCAUGUACCGCACAUCACCAUGCCACACAUUUGGGGUCUCCUCCGGCCACCCAGUGGCCAAGUUCAGGAGCUGGAGCUAUUGGAAUUGUUCAUACACGGUCUUGAGAUGAAGGCGACGGACACCAGGGACAAGCUGUUUGCGCUCCUUUCAUUUGCAAGAGGAACAGAAAAGGGUACCCAAGUGCCUUUGGCCAUCCAGAGCUCGUACAAGAAAAGUGUUGAGCAAGUAUUCGCAAAUUUCACCGCGUGGUGGAUCUAUGAACAUCAAUCUUUGUCGAUACUCUCAGUCAUCCACAGCCACAGAGACAGAACCUGGCAACGGCUUCACUGCGGCUCUGUGAAACCACAGUUGAAGUCACCAACGUGGGCCGUCGGGAAUGAGGGACAAGCGAAGUGGGCUCGAAUAACCUUGGCCGGCCGAUUCGAUUUCUGUGCAUCUGCCGACACAGUACCUGACGAAGAACUGUUGCACCAGUCCUUGUCCAAGCCAACCCUCAAAUUACGACUCAGGGGAUUGAAGCUGACAACCAUCAAAGGCAUCCACCACCUCUCACUAGGACAGUGCAGCGAACCGCUCACAAAGUCCGCCAAAGAGCUGCUACAGUGGGAGCUGACAGGCUCAGGACGGAAGUACUCGAUCACGUGA